AUAGGACGCGCCUACAAACGCUCGCGACCACAUCAGCGCCCGCUGUCGACGCCGCUGCUGCCGUUUCCCGCGUGCUCAUCGCCGUUAAAUCUGUUCCCGCUUACCACCCCCGCAGCCGCCGUUUACUCACCCGCACGGGCGACGACGACCGGGGUUGGCCGCCGCCACCACCACCACCACCACCACCACCGCCGCCGCCGCCGCCGCAGCGUGAUCGUAUAGUGACGUCGUCGGCGUCGUCGCCACUGCCGCCACUGCCGCUGCAACCAUGACGACUGUUGCACACUCGGCUGUCGGUGCACCCGCAGUGAUGCGAUUAUGACGGUCACCUGCUACCCCCCACUCCCUUUAAAAUACGCGUCCCACUCGACUCUAUAUUAUCAUUAUUAUUAUUAUUAUCAUUAUCAUUUUAAUUAUUAUUGUUAUUAUCGUAAUCGUUUUAAUAAUUCGAAUUUAUUGUUUAUAUAUAAAUAAUAAUAUAAUAUAUAUAUAUAUAUAUUUACAAUAUAUAUAUAUAUAUACAUACACGCACACAUUAUAUUAUUAUACUAUCGUCUUCGCCGACGCCACUGCGGCAACGAUCGGCGCCACUUCCACCGCCGCCGCCGCCGCUGCCGUCGAUCGCCGCGUGAUCCGUGCGCGCGCGUGUACCAUAUUCUCUCGUCAGGGUAUAACAAAUGCCUGCCAGAAAAGGAUUAUUGGCGCCUCAGAAUACAUUUCUGGAUACAAUCGCGACACGGUUCGAUGGCACACAUAGUAAUUUCGUGCUCGGAAAUGCUCAAGUGCCAUCACUGUAUCCGAUAGUGUACUGUUCAGACGGAUUCUGCGAACUCACUGGGUUUGCCCGGGCGCAAAUUAUGCAGAAGGGUUGCGCCUGUAAGUUUCUAUUUGGACCGGACACUAGUGACGAUCACGUUGCACAAAUCGAAAAGGCAUUGGAAUGCAAAGCUGAACUAAAAUUGGAAUUGAUUUUCUACAAAAAAAAUGGAUCUCCGUUCUGGUGUUUGCUGGACAUUGUGCCGAUCAAAAAUGAAAAACGAGAAGUGGUGUUGUUCCUGGCUUCGCAUAAAGACAUCACGCACACGAAAAUGGCUGAAAUGCACGUGGGCAUGGACUACGAUCCAGAGGAAGCCGAACCCGAAGAACCCGAACCGGCCAGUAACACGUACGGACGGCGGAGGAGCAGAGCCGUACUCUACCAACUGUCCGGACAUUACAAGAGUGAUAAACCGAAAACCGGCAAGCUGAAAUUGAACAACACGUUGUUGCAGGGCUCGUCGGCGCCGUUACCGGAAUACAAAACGUCGGCGCUGAAAAAAUCCCGAUGGGUAUUAUCGCACUACGGGGUUUUCAAGACGUGUUGGGAUUGGCUGAUACUGAUAGCCACGUUCUACGUCGCCAUCGUGGUACCGUACAACGCCAGUUUCGUCAACACGGACAAACCGUCCAUGGUCAGCGACGUGGUCGUCGAGUCGCUUUUUAUAGUCGAUAUAUUGUUCAAUUUCCGGACGACGUUCGUCAACAAAAAAGGCGAAGUGGUGUCGGAUUCCAAAACGAUCGCCUUCAAUUACUUGAAGAGCUGGUUCGUGGUAGAUUUAUUCGCCGCUCUGCCAUUCGACCUGUUGUACGCGUCGGACGUUUACAGCGGAGACGAAGCCGGUUCGGGACAAGUUCAUUUGUUAAAGCUGACCAGACUGCUGAGGUUAGCGAGACUGUUGCAGAAGAUCGACAGGUAUUCGCAAUACGGCGGCAUGAUUCUCACACUUUUGAUGCUCCUGUUCACAUUAGUUGCACAUUGGUUUGCGUGCAUAUGGUAUGUGAUCGCCGAAAGCGAACGCCACGAAAAAGGAAGAGAUUGGGAUCUAGGGUGGAUGAACACUCUCGCCGAACGUCUGCACAAGGACGUGGACAACGUGACGCACUCAGAGGCGUACAUAACUUCGUUGUACUUCACGUGUUCCAGUCUGACCAGCGUCGGGUUCGGUAACGUGUCGGCCACCACCGGUGCAGAGAAAAUAUUCAGCAUCAUCACGAUGCUGAUUGGAGCGCUCAUGCACGCCGUGGUGUUCGGUAACGUGACGGCCAUCAUCCAGCGCAUGUACUCCCGGAGGUCGCUGUACCAGAGCAAGUGGCGGGACCUCAAGGACUUCCUGACGCUGCACCAGGUACCCAGUGAGCUCAAGCACAGGAUGCAGGACUACUUCCAGACCAUGUGGUCGCUGAACCACGGUAUCGACAUACACGAGACGCUCAAGGAGUUUCCGGAGGAGCUCAGGGGCGACGUGUCCAUGCACCUGCACCGAGAGAUACUGCAGCUGCCCAUUUUCGAGUCCGCGUCACAGGGUUGCCUGAAGUUGUUGUCGUUGCACAUCCGGAGCAACUUUUGCGCCCCCGGCGAAUACCUCAUCCACAAGGGCGAUGCGCUCACGUCCAUCUAUUACCUGUGCAACGGGUCCAUGGAAGUCGUCCAGAACGGCAUGGUCGUCGCCAUUUUAGGCAAAGGCGAUUUGGUCGGAUGUGACAUUAGCACGUGGCUGGGCCAAGGCAGCGGUUCAGGUAACGCGGGCGUUGUCGCCGGUGGCGGGACCACCGGUGGCGGAGCAGGAGGUGACACGGUGGUCAAGUCUAGUUGCGAUGUCAAAGCUCUAACUUAUUGCGACCUAAAGUGCAUUAAUGUGCUCGGGUUGGUAGAAGUUUUGCGGCUUUACCCCGAGUACCAACAGGAGUUUGCAAACGACAUACAACAUGACUUGACGUACAACAUACGUGAAGGAUACGAGGCCGAAGUAAUUAAACCUCACAAAGAAAUCGAUCAAAAUGGUAUUACGACGUUGACGUUACCAUCGAUAAGCGAAGACGAUGAAAACUUGCAAGAAGAAUGCGAUGGAUCUCCGAAAUCGCCUCCUUCUAGAUCACCGUUGCACUCCAGUUAUAGUCCGAGCAGACAUAACCUCACUAAACUAUCUCAAAACAGAUCAAGAACGCUGCCUCGAAGUGAUAUCGAACACAGAAAAGUCAAUGUUGACAGACUGGACACACAAGUUACUUCACUUCAUUAUCACGUCGCAACUUUAAGUCAAGAGGUGAAAAACGCCAUACAAGCGCUGCAGGAGCUGGCGACGACCAGUUCGAACGUCAGGUAUCCGUACUCGUUGCCGGCCAGGUCGAACCCGGACCUGCCGGAGAACGUCAAGCGGCCGCAGAUGGCCAUCCUGCAGCGGAGCUCGUCGCACCCGCCCGAGGUGUUCGGCUGGGACGGGACGGUAUACGACAGCCCGGCGCACCAGCCGCACCACCCGUACCACCACCACCACCAUCACCACCUCCUGCAACACCAACAACACCUCCAGCAGCACCACCAACACCACACGUACCAGCAAUCGAGCCAGCAGUGCCUGCCGUACCAGCAGCAGCACACCGGUGGCGGCGCCGUUUACACGCAUCCGCCGUCGUCGUCACCGCCGCAUCCGCACCAACAGCUGCAGCUCCAGCAGCCGCGGUACUACCACAGGCCGUCGGUGGCCAGCACGGCGGACGUGGCCGUGCAGACGGACGUUUCGGGCGUGGACGUGUUCGAGCGGUUCGUCAAGGCGCACCGGACGCUCGUGCUCGAGUGGCUCAACGAAAGCGACCACGUGGCCGUCACGGUGUACGACGACGAGACCGCGGCCGCAGCCGGCGGCGGGAGGCGACCGAGAAACGAACGGUCUCCGUCUUCGUCGUCGUCCGCGGCGUCAUCGUGCUCGUCGCCGCCCCGGCAGGCGCGCGCUCCCGCGGCCGACACCUCCGACGGAUCACCUCCGGCCGGAAAGGACGACGCGCCGCGGGAAUGGUACCCCCGCGGCCAACCCCCUGGUGGCCACCGUCAGCGAAGACAGUGGCGGCGGUGGGGGUGACAGUGGAGGCGGCGACGAGGACGACGGCGGUGGUAGUGGCAGUGGCCACGAGUCCAUCGAGAUGACGCGCAUUGCACCCGCCGGUGACGCCGCGACCGCCAACGCGUCCGGUUCAAUUACUACCCUUAAGUUCCACCCGUUC